AUGGUGAUCGAUAAUCAGGCGACUCUGAGUGAGUAUUUAGCAAAAUUCGAAACUAAAUCGAAAUUAGCACAUAAUGAAAAUACCAAUCCUACGUCAUCCGGUAACACCCAGACUCAGCAAACGCGUUUUUUACCUCAAUUAUUGUUACCUAAAUUCUCCGGAAUGUACAAGGAGUGGACUCCAUUUCGAGAUCUUUUUGAGUCGAUGGUAGUUAACAACGCAACAAUACCAGAAGUUGAAAAGUUUCAUUAUCUGAAACUAAGUGUUACCGGUGAAGCUGUUCAACUGAUAAAUAAUUUAGUCGUUACCGGAGACAAUUUUAAACUGGCAUGGCAACUCAUUUCAGACCGUUAUGAAAACCGCCGCGUCCUUGUCGACGCACAAUUAGAAUUGUUGUUUUCGCUCAAAAGGUCGUCGCACGAAUCUGCCGCCGAGCUAAAACGGUUAUACGGCACAACAACAGAAGUCCUUGUCGCACUCAAGGGUUUAAAAUGCGACACAAAUAACUGA